AUGCCGCUAGAGCUGGUCCCAGACGAGUUUGGAACUGUGAUGGAGCUGUUCCGCUGCCCUAAUGGAAGGCUGGUGGCGCCAGAUUUGAACCCAGACACCGUUUACAACAUGAGAAACAUACCUCUACGCGACGAUGACAUUAUGUUGUGCUCCUACGCUAAAUCAGGCUGCCACUGGUUGUGGGACGUGCUGAGGUACCUGCGAUUCGGUGUGGCCGACGAUUUGGACAAGGUGGAUAAGGAGACACACAUGGUGGAGUAUAACUCUCUGGAGACUCUGGAGCAGCUGCAGUCGCCGAGAAUACUUAACAACCAUGGCUUUUUUGAGGACCAACCCACUGACCUAUUUAACAAGAAGGUGAAGGUCGUGUUCGUUUAUAGAAACAUCAAAGAUCUGGCGGUAUCUUACUACCACCAUCACACCCGAUUCCCGGAAUACAAGUACCAGGACACUUUCACACACUACAUCAGGCGGUUCGUCGCUGGACUAGUGGACAAUGGAAGUGUGUUUGAGUACUUGCGAGGCUGGGAGGAGGGGAUCCAUAACACGCCAGGCCUGAAUAUUCACGUUGUCAGCUAUGAGGAUAUGAAAGAGUUGCUCCGUUUGGGGAAAAUUUUCCUUGGCCCAAACACAGCCCUGGUUUUUCCUAAAGGCCCGUCCCCAAGGGCCCAAAACAGAUUUUGGCCCAAUGUGAAAAAGAAGAAAAAAAGGGCAACGAUGUACCUGGACCAUGAAGGAAAACCCGUCAUGUACGGAAAGGAAAAACUUUUACCCUAUUGCAGGUCGGUAGGAGAAAGGAGAAACCACUUCACCGUUGCCGCAACGAUUGGGUGGACGCCAUCAUUGAAAAAGAAAAUGGGUAACCCAAAAUUUUUUAAAUUUUUAAAAAUUCAAUAUAAUUUAUUUUUGUUUUCAAAAAAUUUUUAA